AGGCGUGAGAGCCUCGGCGGCCCGGAACCGGCCUUGGAACAACGGCGGGGCUUGAGGCCGCUUGCCCUCCCGCCCCAUGGAGCGGCCCCCGGGGCUGCGGCCGGGCGCGGGCGGGCCCUGGGAGAUGCGGGAGCGGCUGGGUACCGGCGGCUUCGGGAACGUCUGUCUGUACCAGCAUCGGGAACUUGAUCUCAAAAUAGCAAUUAAGUCUUGUCGUGUAGAGCUAAAUACCAAAAACAGAGAACGGUGGUGCCAUGAAAUCCAGAUCAUGAAGAAGUUGAACCAUGCAAAUGUUGUGAAGGCCUGUGAUGUUCCUGAGGAAUUGAAUUUUUUGAUUAAUGAUGUGCCUCUUCUAGCAAUGGAAUAUUGUUCUGGAGGAGAUCUCCGGAAGCUACUCAACAAACCAGAAAAUUGUUGUGGACUUAAAGAAAGCCAGAUACUUUCUUUACUAAGUGAUAUAGGGUCUGGGAUUCGAUACUUGCAUGAAAACAAAAUUAUACAUCGAGAUCUAAAACCUGAAAAUAUAGUUCUUCAGGAUGUUAGUGGAAAGAUAACACAUAAAAUAAUUGAUUUGGGAUAUGCCAAAGAUGUUGAUCAAGGAAGCCUGUGUACAUCUUUUGUGGGGACACUGCAGUAUCUGGCCCCAGAGCUCUUUGAGAAUAAGCCUUACACAGCCACUGUUGAUUAUUGGAGCUUUGGGACCAUGGUGUUUGAAUGUAUUGUGGGAUACAGGCCUUUCUUGCAUCAUCUGCAGCCAUUUACCUGCCAUGAGAAGAUUAAGAAGAAGGAUCCAAAGUGUAUAUUUGCAUGUGAAGAGAUGACAGGAGAAGUUCGGUUUAGUAGCCAUUUACCUCAGCCAAAUAGCCUUUGUAGUUUAAUAGUAGAACCCAUGGAAAACUGGCUACAAUUGAUGCUGAAUUGGGACCCUCAGCAGAGAGGAGGACCUGUUGAUCUUACUUCGAAGCAGCCAAGAUGUUUUAUAUUAAUGGAUCACAUUCUGAAUUUGAAGAUAGUACAUAUCCUAAAUAUGACUUCUGCAAAGAUAAUUUCUUUUUUGUUACCACCUGAUGAAAGUCUUCAUUCACUGCAGUCUCGUAUUGAGCGUGAAACUGGGAUAAGUACUGUUUCUCAAGAGCUGCUUUCAGAAACAGGAAUUUCUCUGGAUCCUCGGAAACCAGCUUCUCAGUGUGUUCUAGAUGGAGUUAGAGGCUGUGAUAGCUAUAUGGUUUAUUUGUUUGAUAAAAGUAAGACUGUAUAUGAAGGGCCAUUUGCUUCCAGAAGUUUAUCUGAUUGUGUAAAUUAUAUUGUACAGGACAGCAAAAUACAGCUUCCAAUUAUACAGCUACGUAAAGUAUGGGCUGAAGCAGUGCACUAUGUGUCUGGGCUAAAAGAAGACUAUAGCAGGCUCUUUCAGGGACAAAGAGCAGCAAUGUUAAGUCUUCUUAGAUAUAAUGCUAACUUGACAAAAAUGAAGAACACUUUGAUCUCAGCAUCACAGCAACUGAAAGCUAAACUGCAGUUUUUUCAGAAAAGCAUUCAGCUUGACUUGGAGAGAUAUAGUGAGCAGAUGACUUAUGGUAUAUCUUCAGAAAAAAUGCUAAAAGCAUGGAAAGAAAUGGAAGAAAAGGCUAUCCACUAUACUGAGGUUGGUGUCAUUGGAUACUUGGAGGAUCAGAUUAUGUCCUUGCACACCGAAAUCAUGGAGCUACAGAAGAGCCCCUAUGGAAGACGUCAGGGAGAUCUGAUGGAAUCUCUGGAACAGCGUGCCAUUGAUCUAUAUAAACAGUUAAAGCACAGACCUUCAGAUCACUCCUACAGUGACAGCACAGAGAUGGUGAAGAUCAUUGUGCAUACUGUACAGAGUCAGGAUCGUGUUCUCAAGGAGCUGUUUGGUCAUCUGAGCAAGUUGUUGGGCUGUAAGCAGAAGAUUAUUGAUCUACUCCCCAAGGUGGAAGUGGCCCUCAGUAACAUCAAAGAAGCUGACAAUACUGUCAUGUUUAUGCAGGGAAAGAGGCAGAAAGAAAUAUGGCAUCUCCUUAAAAUUGCUUGUACACAGAGUUCUGCCCGGUCCCUUGUAGGAUCCAGUCUAGAAGGUGCAGUAAACCCCCAAGCAUCAGCAUGGCUGCCCCCAGCUUCAGCAGAACGUGAACAUUCUCUGUCAUGCGUGGUAACUCCUCAAGAUGGGGAGACUUUAGCACAAAUGAUAGAAGAAAAUUUGAACUGUCUUGGCCAUUUAAGCACUAUUAUUCGUGAAGCAAAUGAGGACCAGGGCAGUAGUAUGAUGAGUCUUGAUUGGAGUUGGUUAACAGAAUAGAAUGACUUGCCACUUGUUUGCUGUCCCCAAAUUGAUGGAAGUUGUUGCUGCACAUGUUGGAAUUCGUUUUUUCCCCCAAAACCAUUCUUCAGACAUCGGUCAGUGGAAGAAGUGGCUGUGAUCAGAAACUACAUUUCUACUAUGAUCAUAAAAACGUGAUUUUACAAGCAUAAUACUUUGAUUUUGAGUAAUUUUAGCCUCUGAACAGACAGGAUUUUAUAAAAAGUCAAUGGACUUGUUUAAAUUUUUGUUUUAAUACCACAACUACUUUGGAGCAUCAUCAUUGUUACUCAUUUGUUUUCGAACUUGGGAAAACAUCACUUAUUUAGAACAAAAAAUACCUUCUAAAGUUUUAACUUUGUGGCAUAAGGCCAAUUAUGGUAUUGUUGAGAAGAAAACCUCAAUUAAUAUGUAUUUUAACUGAAAGUUGUCUACUUGUGUUUCUGUGGAAGAGACUGCUCACAAGUAAAGUUGUAUUUCUUGAAGAAUAAACCCUACCUCCUUGUGUUGCACUCAAAAAGUUCUCUUCCUGGCAUCAUAAGGAGUUGGCUUAAUCUCAUUUUUAAUUUUACUGCACAUUCAUAAACCACGUUAGGUGUGCUAUGUGUAUAUGUAUUUAAGAUGUACAUUUAAUAAUAUCAAAGAGAAGAUGCCUGUUAAUUUAUAAUGUAUUUGAAAGUGUGUAUGUUUCUUCAUUUGUAAAAAUGGGUCAACUGUUUAUUCUUUCAUGUCUUGUCAUACAAAUUUAUAAAGGUGUGCACUCCCUUAUCUGUAAUUGUAAUUCCAAAAUCCAAAAAGCUCUGAAAACAAGGUUUUCAUAAGCUUAGUGACAAAACUCAUUUGCUUGCAAAUCUAAUCUGAACUGACAUUGAAAUCUGUUUAUCCCAUUUGGUGUGAAUAUUCAUUUAUUUUGUUGCAGAAAUAUUGAUGUUUGAUGAUUGGGGGGAGGGAUGCUGCCACAGAGUCUGCUGAGGGUUAAUGUAGUAUGGUAUAUGCACUGAAUUACCUUUCUAAAAUCUGAAAAUUUUGUAAGUCUGAAACAUCUGGCACCGAGGGUUUCAGAUAAAGGACUGUGGAUUUCUAUCAUUUGUAAUUUAGAAGGUAUUACUUGUUUUACAAAAUGUGAAAUGCUUUUAUAUUCUAGAUAGUUUUUCACUUUGUGUAUUAAAUGAUUUUUAAAUUAA